AUGGAGAAAGCUUAUUUCCUCUUCCUUGUAGCCUUGGUCGCAAGCCUAGCCGCAGCUUCCUCAAGUACCACUAACGUUGUUGCCCAUAACAACACCCGUGAUCAUGAUCUAGACGCUCUUCUUGCCUUCAAGGCUGCCAUUUCCGACCCCCAAAACAUCCUCCCAAUCAAUUGGUCCACUUCUACCUCUGUUUGUAAUUGGAUAGGAAUCACUUGUAACACUCGCCAUCGAAGAGUCGCCGCCAUACAACUUCCCAAAAUGGGCUUAGUUGGAACCAUACCUCCACAGUUGGGGAAUCUCUCCUCCUUAGUCUGGCUGGAUCUUGAAAACAAUAGCUUCCAUGGUAAUCUUCCAACUCAGAUGGUUCAUUUGCGUCGACUCAAGCACAUUAACUUGGCAUUCAAUAGCUUUGAUGGCGGAUUUCCAUCAUGGUUGGGAGCUUUAUCUCAACUUCGUUACCUUUCGGUCCUUGGUAACAGAAUUUCAGGUUCAUUGCCAACAACGUUCUCUAAUGUAACAAUGUUAGAGACCAUCAGGUUAGGUCGGAACCUCAUAACUGGAAAUCUGCUUCAAGACUGGAGUGCUUUACAGAACUUGGAGGUUCUUGGCAUGGCAAAUAAUAAACUUGAAGGCCCUUUGCCUCGAUCUUUAUUUAACCUCUCGUCAUUGCAGCACUUUAGUUUUUCGAAUAAUAGCUUAUCCGGUUACCUUCCGGCAGGUAUCUGCGAUCAUCUGCCACAACUCCAAGGGAUUUAUCUGUCAAUAAAUGAGUUUAACGGCGAAGUUCCGGCUGGUAUUGGAGGUUGUCCGAGGCUUCAAAUCUUGUCCUUGUCAUAUAAUAAUCUGGCAGGAAAUAUACCAAAAGAAAUUUGGAAUCUAACCACGCUUAGGGUGCUAGCUCUAGGUGCAAACCGUCAAAUUCCAGCAGAUAUUGGAAAUCUCACUAAUUUGGAACAGCUAGGCAUAGAGUACGCUAAUCUGACAGGUGUUAUACCUCGUGGGAUUGGUAACCUUUACAAAUUGGAGUUACUAUACUUGGGCCAAAAUAAGUUAAGAGAUCCCAUCCCACAUGAGCUAUUCAACAUUUCAACUCUUAGAGAACUUUCCAUACCAACCAAUGAUUUUAGUGGCAUUCUUCCGCCGACUUUGGGUGUUACUUUACCCAAUCUUGAGAUACUUUAUCUUGGGGCAAACAGAUUCACUGGAAUUAUAUUACCAACUCUCUCAAAUGCCUCUAGAUUGAAGUCUCUAGACUUGUCAGAGAAUAAAUUUUUUGGUGAAAUUCCUCAUUCUCUUGGUAGCCUAAGAUUCCUAGAAGUUUUGUCUCUUUCAAGAAACAAUUUUACUCUAUCUGGAGAUAUGGCCUUCUUCAGUUCUUUAGGAAAUUGCAGAUAUUUGAGAAAGUUGUUGCUAAAUGAAAAUCCACUGAAUGGCAAUCUUCCAGUGUCUAUUGGAAAUCUUUCCAACUCUCUUGACUCAAUUAAUAUGUUUCAUUGUGGAAUUGGAGGUGAAAUUCCAAGGUCACUAGGCAACUUGAGCAACAUGGAGUUGCUAAACUUGGCAAGCAAUGGUUUGACAGGAAUAAUUCCGAGUUCCAUCUCAGGUUUAAGACAACUUCAGCGGAUAAGUUUUGAAGAUAACAAAAUACAAGGACCAAUUCCAAGUGAGUUUUGUCAUUUUCCCAACUUAGGAUACUUAAUUUUAGCAAGAAAUAGGCUGUCUGGCAAAGUGCCUGACUGCAUAGGGAGCAUCUCUUCUGUUGAAGCCGCAAUUGCUGACCAGAAGAAUUGUGGUUCGUCCCACAUCGGAGGAAAGCUGAGGAUGCCUUCCGUUUUGUGCCUAUAA